CAAGGCUUUAUUUUUAAACUGCAAUGCAGUAGAAGAGUCGACAGCAAGCUGGGUUGUUGCCUUUUUUUAUACUGACACAGUAAAAUCAAUAGUAAUCUGUGGCCUGUAGCGGCGCUAAGAUGCACACACCGAGUGGGCGUUUUGAGGUCGCCCAGAGCCAUCGAGCCAACAUCGGCAGCAGAGCGAGGCUGGUUGUGUUCUCUGUUCUCUCUCAUUUUUUACAGUUGCAGAAAGCUAUAAAGCAGUUGCGUAUCGUUAGCUCAGCUUUCAGUUGCCGAGUUUCUGAUUCCUGGUCUACAAAACACAUUGACUAAAAAACUAAUAGGGUAAAUGUAUUAAAUGUUAACAAUUAAAUGUAUUGUUUGUUUUUAUUUAUUUAAGCGGUUAUUAGAAAAAUAUGGUAUAUGUACGUAUUAGUAUCACUCUGUUUAUUGAUAUGAUGGUGUUCCAGGGGAGUGUUUAAGACGUACGUAUUUAAAAUUCCAAAGGUUAAAAAAGGCGUGUGUAAAGCACAACUGUUCCGCGCUCAUUAUUUUAUGAAUCUUGUUCAGUGAGAAAUUGUAUGAAGAACUGGCCAGCCUCCAACAUAAAUAUGUGAACAGUUCAAGUAUAAAGAGGAGCGUUUGAAAACAUUCUCGUCUCUUGAGCACUAAAACAUCAUCUUGCAGUUUGAUACUGUUUUUGAAGAUGUCUUUAAAAGGCAAUAGAAGCCAAGUAUCACGGACGGUAUCUACUGGUAUCGUCUCCAUUUCGUCUGGAGAAUUGUAUACCUUGACAACCUGUAACUGCGAGAUCGCAGUGUUGCCUGUGGAGCUUCUAUUCGAGCUGCAGAGCCCAUAUUUCCAGAAAAACGACAACACCAUCACAGUUCAUAACCAUGAAGGGGGUUACAGUGUUUUCUGUGAUGGAAAAGUGGAGGCAUGGAGAGAAACGUAUAUCAUCAAGAACUACAUCGAGAGGUCAAAUAAGCUGAACGGCCACGCGGAUUAUAAGGACUACAGAGAAACCUUGUUGACUAAACCUAUUGUACUCUUCACCAAAGCAAGGAAGACGAAUCAAGAGUCCCCAAGAGACAAAGCAUUUGCAGUCAUUGUAAACACACGUCACCCCAACAUACGAGCUGAGAUUGAGAAGGGUAUGAACAAUGCCAUAACAUCGGUUUGGGGAGAAAGUUACAGUCUUCAGUUUGACUUCCAAAGGGUCAUCAAGCAGUUCUUCUCAACUGUCAAUUAUGACACAGAUGGAGAAGGCCUGACGAUCUCCUUCGAGUUCAAAGUUGAUGCUUUAUUUGACAUUUCAUAUUUGUUCGGGUUUAGCAAAAGGAAGGCUGAAGUAAAUGGAAAGGUUUUGAAUCUGUUUUCUGCCAAUGAAGAGAAGAGGAAAAAAGUGAAAAUGUUCCUGGACAAAAUCAGUGAGCUUUACGUCAGACGAAGCAGUGUGCCAGAUCGCAGGAUGAGCCUUUUCUCAAUGGGAUCAAUAGAUGAAGAGGUUUUCAAUUCUGUGCCUCCUAACAUGGGCCCGAGAAUGUCAUUGCUUGAAUCUAGUCACCCUCCCAUUGCAGAAGAAUUAACAAGUUAAAGCUGAGAACACACCUACCUUGAUUUUUUAAACUGAAUCAACGGAAGAAGAAAGACUGGUUGAUGGCAAAGAUGUUGCUAAUUUUGUAUAAAUGUCUGUAAUGACUGUUUCUGAGAACGUCUGUUCAAAACACUGUAUCAGUAAAAUGUUGUGUUUUCCAGUAGCCACUGCAAAUAGUAUUUGUUUGGGUUAAACUUAAGGUGACUGCAAGUAUAAUAUUUAAUUUUUCUUAGUAAAACAAAAGGUGAAAUGUUAAAUAAGGUGAUGGCAGUAAACAAUCCUAGAAUUAUUUUAUCUCUUUGCUGAAAUAUGUAUUUUUAUUGCAAUAAAUGUAAAAUUUCCACUA